UACUACAAUAAAAUGAUUCGGCGUAGAAAAACUGAAUAUAGCGUGUAGCAAGUGCCUGUAUAGCUUCGAAGUGUUGUUGAACGGUAUCUCUUUACGAUUUACACAUAAUUUGGCAAAAUGGUUCACAAAGUAGCAAAAAAAGAGGAGUUUGAUUCUAUCAUAAAAAGUCACGAACGAGUUGCUGUUGACUUUACUGCAACUUGGUGUGGACCAUGCCAGAUGAUAGGACCAAAGUUUGAGAAAUUAGCUGAGAAAUACAGUUCAAUAAAGUUUAUCAAAGUAGAUGUAGAUGAAAAUAGUGAAACUUCAGAAGCUCAUGGAAUAUCUGCAAUGCCAACCUUUAAGUUCUUCAAAAAUGGACUUGAAGUCGAUAAGUUAGUAGGAGCCAAUGAAGGAGAACUUGAUAAAAGACUUCUAAACUUAGCGUCUUUAUAAUUUCUUAAAAAAUACUUUUUUGAA